UGACGUCAUGUACCUUUUGUGUCAUUUCCGCUACGUGGGCUGUAGCUGGCUGGCAACAUCAAGCUGCUCCCUUUUCCGGCCUGCGUCUUGGAUUACUUCUUUUUUAAUUUUAUUAAAACAAAACACAAGUCGUGCCCUCUAUCCACCAUGUACCAGGUUAAGCCGAUGUGUGGGGGUGACGUCAAGGUUGAUUUGCCCACUUGCAUGUACAAGCUAGCGAAUAUCCACGAGCGGCCGCUGGGGGACACCUGCACACACGAGCACGCGCCGCUGCAGAAUGGCAUGGUGGACCCGUCCAUCAAAGCGCUGGAGACCCGUCAGGAUGAGAUCAUGCGUAAGCUCUACGAGCUGAAGGCGGCUGUGGAGGGCCUGGCAAAGACUGUGACCACACCCAAUGCUGACAUGGACCUGACGGUCAGCAGCAGCCUCUCAUCACAGAGCGCCAGUUUUCCUGUUUUCAAAGGCUCUGCUGACCUGGACAUGCUACUGGGCAAGGACCAUGGAGCUCUCCAUGACAUCGUCAUAAAUGCCAACCCAGCAAAGCCCCCCUUCACCCUCCUGGUUCUUCACAACCUGCUGUCUCAGCGCUAUCGAGUCCUCUCCACAGUCCACAUCCAUUCGUCGAUCAGCAGUGUGCCACCACAGCUCCUCUCCUGCCUGGGCCCGCGCCACCCGGACAGCUACGCCCGUCAUCUCUUCCAGCUUGGCUUCACCCUCAUUUGGAAAGACGUUCCAAAACUGCAGAUGAAGUUCAGCGUCCAGAACAUGUCCCCCAUCGAAGGCGAGGCUAGCGUGGCGCGUUUCCUCUUCAAGCUGCUGGCUCCAUACCCGUCCAACGCAGCGCUGGCCACCCUGGUGGACGACUGGGUGGAUACAGCCUUCCUCCAGCUGGCUGAGGGGAGCGCCAAGGAGCGGGCCACCGUCGUGCGCGCCCUCAACUCGGCAUUGGACUGCGACCCCUGGCUGGUGGGGUGCGAUGUCUCCCUGGCUGACGUGGCGUGCUACUGCUGCCUGCUGCUCAGCGGCGCCAUCUCCUCCUCGGUCCCCGCUAACGUCCAACGCUGGCUCGAGUCUUGCGAGAAUCUGGGAUAUUUCGCACCCGCCAAGGUACUCCUACAGUGACCCUGGCUUCUUGCGAGGAGGGCAAAGUGAGAGAAAAAUGGGCCAGCCAUGUCAGGAACACCUUCUCAUGCUUACCUCUUGACAGUAAUAUCAUUCUCCUAACAUUGAGGCACAGGUUGGGUCUUUUUGUGCCACGCUGCUUUUGUAUUGACAGAGAUUCUUAAAGGGAGGAAGCACGAGAGGACUGUGAAGACAAGGAUGUGCGAACACCUUUCACCCACUUUGUGCCUAUUGAAUAAAUGCCGCUUGGAAAAGUGUUUUGUGUGGUCACACAGUAUUAUAAGUAAUACUUUGUACCAAUUCAUUAAAACGUCCAAUUUGGAUCAAGCUUUUGAA